AAACUUAUUAAAUAGGGCGCAAUGACAGCGGCGAGCGAUUCAGAGCUUAGCAAUUUGCUGGAUCUUACCGUUUCCUGCAAGGACCUUAAGAACAAGGACACGUUCUCAAAAUCAGAUCCAAUGUGUGUGGUAAUGAUGAGAGAAAGCUCAUCCUCGCCAUAUGUUGAGGUGGGCCGCACUGAACGAGUAGAGAAUAAUCUGAAUCCUUCAUUCACUACUCCUUUCCGUAUGAAGUAUUUCUUCGAGCGCUCUCAACAGCUGAGAUUUGAAGUAUACGACUGCGACUCUUCAUCGGGCAGUUUGGACCACCAUGAUAAGCUGGGACACCUUGAAGUGUCCUUGGCUGAAGUUGUCCAGGGUAGAUUGGCAACUCAGGGAAAGCUACUUGUAGACUCAGGCAACACACAUGCAAAAAUAUUCAUCAGAGCGCAGCAGACAGUAGAAUGCCGCGAAUCGUGGAAUAUUUGCUUCUCUGCUCGUGGACUGGACAACAAAGAUUUCUUUGGAUUAUCAGAUCCUUACUUGGUCUUCUACAAAAAGAGUGCUAAAGGAGAUUUCAUCGUCACUGGUCAAACUAAAGUGAUCAAGAACAAUCUCAAUCCAAAUUGGGAACCAUUCAUCAUCAACAAGGCUCGCUUCAACGACAACGACGAACAACUUCCAAUUAAAAUUGAGUGCUACGACUACAAUAGUGAUGGAUCGCCUGAUUUCAUUGGCGAUGUGACAACUACUGGCGGAGAACUGUUCAAAGAGAUCGGAUCCAAAUCUUUUCCUGUUAGAAGUUUCAUCGUCACUGGUCAAACUAAAGUGAUCAAGAACAAUCUCAAUCCAAAUUGGGAACCAUUCAUCAUCAACAAGGCUCGCUUCAACGACAACGACGACCAACUUCCAAUUAAAAUUGAGUGCUACGACUACAAUAGUGAUGGAUCGCCUGAUUUUAUUGGCGAUGUGACAACUACUGGCGGAGAACUGUUCAAAGAGAUCGGAUCCAAAUCUUUUCCUCUCAUCAACCAGCACAAAAAGGAGAAAAAGGGGAAGAAGUAUAAGAACUCGGGAGUGCUUCUGGUGAGCAGCCUCACUUCAGAAGAGGAAUGCGACUUCAUCUACUAUGUGCAGGCGGGACUACAGAUCAGUUUCAUCGUGGCCGUGGACUUCACUGCUUCAAACGGCAAUCCACAAGUUCCUAACUCUCUUCACUACUUCAACCCCCAAUAUGCAGUCAACCAGUACACUACUGCGAUUCAAGCGGUGGGCAAUGUAAUCCAGGAGUACGACAGUGACAAACUGUUCCCAGUGUAUGGCUUCGGCGGCAGGUUCUUCGGAACCCAAGUAGUCAGCCACAAUUAUCCACUGAAUAACAACCCCGAUAAUCCGAAUGUGGUCGGAGUGCAGGGAAUCCUGGACUCGUACCGAUACGCGAUCAGUCAUUCCCAAUUGGCAGGUCCCACCUACUUCCAGCCCAUAAUCAAGGCUGCUAUGAGGACUGCUUCUCAGUUCCAAACUGGUUUGCACUACUUUAUGCUGCUCAUAAUCACAGAUGGGGCCAUCGUUGAUUUGGACGCCACCAUUGAGGCAGUAAUCGAGGCGUCUCACUACCCUCUGUCCAUAAUCAUCAUAGGAGUGGGAGAUGCAGACUUCGACUCCAUGGAGGCACUGGACUCUGACAAGGCUAUGCUGAGCUCUGGAAACAGAGUUGCCGCAAGAGACAUCGUCCAGUUUGUGGCUCUGCGUGACAUCAUCAGACCUGACAUGGACCCUUCGAGACUGUCGGUGCAGCACCAGCAGCAGCUAGCCAUGCAUGUUCUAGCUGAAGUGCCCCGCCAGGUGAAAGACUACCUCAAACCAAAGGGUGUUUAUCCGUCGACAGUUCAAAAAUUAGCACAACAGGACCAGGCUCGUCUCAAUCCGAAUUCUCAGACGCAGUAGCUCAAACAAAUCUGCUCAAAUCAUGUUUGAUCAUCAAUUAGCGAAAAACAGAAAACAACUGACCAAAUUUUUGCAUGCUUAGUGUGGCAUUCUUGAAGCGAAUUUUGUUUCAAUGUCUUUGUUUGCUUGCGAAGCUUUGUGUAAAUUAAUUCGAAUAAUUCUUUCCAGCGCUGCUUUCUAUUUUUCUAUCGUUGUUCUGUAUCUAGUGAAAUUAUUUUCUUACCGAGCAAGUGUGUAUUUAAUCAAUACAAAGUUUAAUUGUGAAGCUAUCGUAAAUUGUUUAAAUGAAUGCAGAUCUGACAAAAAUUGAAAUAAAUAAUUUAUUAAGUAUUGCACACUGACGCGAAAUUUAUAUUCAAAUUUAAUUAAAUGGAAAAAAGCACUAGUUUAAGGCUAAGAGCAGAUAAGCAGAAAAUC